UCGUUGUGGGAGGGGCGUGUCUCGUGCCCAGGAAGUGACGUCAUGUCACCUACUACCGCGUGACGUCACGAGGUAACAGGAAGCUGUCGCCCCGCGCGUGCAGUGAAAUCCGAGCCCAAGCCCGCCUGAGCUGCUAUAACGCUCUUGUUUACAGAAGCCACCUGCCCACGACACAAGAAUUGGUCUGAUGGAGCAAAGGCACUCGGCGCGGCUCGGUGCGACAAGGCAACAAUGCGACCGGUGUGCAUACAGCACGGAUCAUACUGCAAAUUUGACACGGCACCAGAGAACUCACACGGGAGAGAAACCCUUCAAGUGCAGUGUGUGUGGGAAGGCGUUUGCACAGUCAUCAAAUCUUGUAGAACACCAGAGAACACACACGGGAGAGAAACCCUUCAAGUGCAGUGUGUGUGGGAAGGCGUUUGCACAGUCAUCUACUCUUGUAAAACACCAGAGAACACACACGGGAGAGAAACCCUUCAAGUGCAGUGUGUGUGGGAAGACGUUUGCAGAGUCAUCUUCUCUUGUAAAACACCAGAGAACACACACGGGAGAGAAACCCUUCAAGUGCAGUGUGUGUGGGAAGGCGUUUGCAGAGUCAUCUUCUCUUGUAAAACACCAGAGAACACACACGCGAGAGAAACCCUUCAAGUGCAGUGUGUGUGGGAAGGCGUUUGCAAAGUCAUCUACUCUUGUAAUACACCAGAGAACUCACACGGGAGAGAAACCCUUCAAGUGCACUCCGUGCGGGAAGGCGUUUGCACAGUCAUCAAAUCUUCAUGUACACCAGAGAACACACAAGCAUCACAAGAUCCACCAGGAGUGGAGUCUGAAAUCAGCUUGUGAAAGUGAAAGUGUCGCAAUGAGCCCAUCCCUCGUGAAACAAGAACCAGAAGAAAAUCCCAGCUUGGACAAUUUUAAAGCUAUCGAGGUGAAAUAUGAAGAGGUGAAGGUGGAAUAUGAAGAGGUGAUGGUGAAGAGUGAAGAAGUGAAGGUAAAAUGUGAAGAUGAUUAAAGUCCAGAAUGUGACCUUCACAUCGAUGGAGGCAACGUGAAGCAGGAGGAGAAUUCUGACUGAGGCAGAGCGAGGCAACUCCCAGCAGUUUGUGGAGGUGGAGGUGUGGGUGGACUUCCUAGACAAUACAAAGUCAAAUGGAGACCCGGUAGAUGUGUAAGCCUGAGACGAUGUCGCUCCAAUAGAUGCACCCUUGUCACAGGCCUUUAAUGACAAGAAUGUGAAGUUGAACACUCAAUUCCUAGGUUCAACCUGCAGGGUAAGAGCGGCCAGUCUUUGUGGACCUGUGUGUUGGUAGAUCUCUAACCAGGAGCGAGAGCCAAUAAGCUCCCAAGCAUGCACUAUGUUAUAAUAAUUGCUUUUACAUAGUGCUAACUUAAUCCGCUCAGCAAUACGGAGUUUUGUGUCGUAUCUCGUCUCAAACAAGAGCACCCCAAGUAGCAGCUGCCCCUGUGUGGCACAAGGUGGAGGCCCUGCACCGGCCUGAAUAUUGUCAAGAGCCUGUCGGUAGGGGGCGAUGAUUGAUCUGUCAUCUCAGCUGUGUCGUUUGUAGGUAAUGUUUAGAAUUUGCUAAAUUUUUGACCCAGACGCCAACAUGCAAAGGCCUACUCGUUUUGAAUUGCACAAUUGUGUGUUUCACAUCCACUGUUCAGUAGAGGGUGCAUUCUUGAAAUAGCUCCUUGUUAAUAAGAUGUUAUCUAAACUAAAUUGUUCAAUUUUGGAAGAACGUAAUCAACCAGGUAGGGUGUUGACUGUUGUGUUGGCUGACUUGUGUUGUGUUGCAUUAUAUUUCUAAGUUCACUAUGUUUGUGUUUUCAUUCACGUGUUGUACCUGAUGAUGGUUGCUUGU